UCCCAUCUUCUUUAUAUUAAAAAAAAUAAUAGUUUAUAUUUUUAUAUAAACUAUAGAGAUUUAAAUAAAGUUUUUAUUAAGAAUUAUUAUUUUUUAUUUUUUAUUUUAAAAAUCCUUAACAAGGUUUCAGGUAGUAAAUAUUUUUUAAAAAUUAAUAUU